ACAGCCAGCCAAUGGCAUCGAAGCAGAGACUCGGACCAGCCAGUGCAAUACACGAUUCCAGGUUAAGGUGGGGCAGGGAGAGAGAGAGAGAGAGCAUGAGCAGCAAGAAAGACAACACACAGACGAAGAAGAGGCUGCUCCAUCACCCCGCAUCCAGACACUCACACCCAGUAUGAACAUGUCCAGCAGCUCUGCUCUGAUCCAGCAGAUCUAUCCCUUCCACGAUGGCUGGAACAUUGCCUGCUUCAUCAUCCUGCUCCUCUUCAUCCUCACCAUCCUCUCCCUCGCCACGCUGGCGUUCCUCUAUGAGCUGCUGGACUGCGGAUGCUUCACCAAAACCAAAACCGUUCGUGACCUGCGCCGCCAGCGCGACGAAGUGGUUUAGUCAUAGCCAUGGUGACAGAGGACACGGUCUCCAUAGGAACCCCAACAGCAGAUCGGUGGAAAAGGCUGCAGAUUUGGACAGAGCUCGUCGCCAGAUUGGAGUCCCAUAAAACACGCCAGACACACACAGAGACAGAAGCACUCCACUCCCACUAGCUCCAACAGCAAUACACAGCACAGGUGUCUCCACGGCUUAAAAUCUUAGAUGAGAUUUACACCAGAAAGAGAGGGAAAUCUAGCUUGUAUGUGCACAUAAUUGUCUCCUCUUCGUUCAGUAUUCCAGUACUAUUGUGUGAUGAUGACUAUAUAAAACUGUUGCGUCUGUUGUUUACAUGAAUCUUUCCCUUUGUGUGGGAUGACAAAGUCUACAUGUCAGAAUUAUAGAAUUAAUAAGUCACGUACAAUAUGAUUCGACAACUUCAAGCAAACAUCACACAGUAUAUUUGGAGUAAAGGGAAUGUUUGUACAGUAUGUGUAUAUUUACAUUCAUUUUUAGAUUGAAUAAUAUGUGAAUAGUUGUUACGUAUAACAGUUCUAGCUAUAUCAAGAAGUAGACUAAAUGUCAAUUAUUGCAUCUUUGCAAUGCCUUAAAACUGUGUAUUUAAUUAUAUAAUAAAAAUCACACAAG